AUGAACAUGGCUCCAGACGACGCCAUCCACCUCGAUGGCCGUACCGGCGAGGGCGGUGGCCAGUUAGUGAGAAUCGCAAUCGCGCUCGCCUCGGUCGCAUGCAAGCCAGUCAAGAUCACAGAUGUGAGGGGCAACCGCCCAGGGCCACGAGGCGGAGGCCUUAAGUCACAACACUUCACAUCCAUCGCCUGGCUCGCCAAGGCAACAGGUGCUGACGUCAAGGGCCUCCAAGUCGGCAGCAAGACGCUGGAGUUCCGGCCAACCCGCGGGCCCGGCGAGCUGUGGGAGAGAAAUAUCACGAUCCGCGCCGAGUCUGCUGCUGCAAGCGCGCUGCUGGUCUUCCAGGCCGUGUUCCCGUUCCUCCUGUUCGCGGGGAACGAGAGCGGCGAGCCGGUUGAGCUGACCAUCUCCGGCGGCACCAACGUCUCCUUCUCGCUCAGCUACGAGUACCUGGACCAGGUGCUGCUGCCGACGCUCGAGGAUUGGUUCGGUGCCCGCGUGGAUAGGCGGCUUGAUGGCAGGGGGUGGAGCUUUGGCCCGGCAUCGAGAGGGACACUGUGGUUCAGGGUACAACCCGUCUCGCUCGGGGAGACGCUGAAGCUCAGGGAUGGGCUAGAGCUGGGGUCGCGGCCAGGAGGUUUCGACAUCAAGACUAUCGACGUGACCAUCAUCACACCAAGCACCAUGCACGCGGAGCUCCAGGCCGCCCUGCGAGAGCGUCUGGAGAAGACAUUCCCCGGGGUGGAGUACGAUUUCCGCGCGCCCGAGGAGAGCAAGCACGAGUCGCGCAUCUAUGUCCUCCUGGUGGCCAAGUCAGUGACACUGCGGCGGGGACGGGAUCUACUCUACAAUGGAAGGCGCAAGGGUAAGACGACGGCGAAGAUCAGCGACGAGGUGGCUAGGGCUGUCACCAAGUCGCUCGCCGAGGAGAUCAGCACCGGAGGUGUUGUGGACGAGUUCCUGCAGGACCAGCUCGUCAUCUUCCAGGCUCUGGCUGAAGGCAGGACAAGCUUCCCGAGGAGUAGGCCUGAGGGUCAUGGAAACGUUGGGCAAACGGGGCAGGCGGCGGGUUCCAUCGAGGACGAGCUGGACAGGCUUCACAUCGGCGAUCGGCUGAGGAAGGACAGAAUUGACAAGCCAUUUGGCGACCCUGAGACGGACAGCACCCACACCCAGACAGCUCGGUGGGUUACGGCGGAGCUUCUGGGGCCAAGGUUGACUUGGUAUAACAAGGGCAGGCUAUGUGAAGGAAUUGGCUUGAAGUCAGGCAUGAGCCAGUCCCUGUCAUAG